AUGACGUCUGGUGGUGAGUUGUUUCUGAUAGAUACGGAUGCUGGACUAGAUGAUGCUCAAGCUAUUCUGAUUGCACUAGCAUCACCAAAUAUAACUGUACUUGGAAUCACAACAGUUUCUGGUAAUACCAAUGUUCAUCAAGUAACAAAAAACGUUUUGCGCUUGCUGAAAGCGGCCGAUCAGUUAGAGAUUCCAGUCUAUAAGGGUUCGAAAGCACUAUUGAUUUCAAAAGAAACGCCAGUUGAACUUAAUUACCAUGGGAUUGAUGGAUUUGGUGAUGUUCCAGAUGAGAACCCUCCUGAUUUCAACUUGGUACAAAAGAAAUGUGCCGCUCAAGCUUUAGUGGAUAUCACCAAGGAGCAUGAAGGAAAGAUAACUCUUGUAGCGUUAGGACCUCUGACCAAUUUAUCAUUAGCUGUUAGAUUAGAUCCUGAUUUUGGUAAACGACUGAAAUCCUGUUUUAUAAUGGGUGGAAAUUAUAAAGGUGUAGGUAACAUUACUCCUUGUGCUGAAUUUAAUUUCAAUUAUGACCCAGAAGCUGCUCAUAUCGUACUAAAUGAUUUAGGUUGCCCAAUUACUAUGGUGUGUUGGGAACUUUGUUUGGAAUGUUCAUUUCCAUGGGAAAAAUAUCACGAACUAAGAUCGGUUUCUACAUCUAUUGUUAAAUUACUGAACACACUGGAUGCGAAAAUGGUUAAAAAAUGUCAAGAGAAAUGUUGGGAUAGAUAUAUCAUGUGUGAUGAAUUGUGUAUGGCUUGUGCUAUAGAUAAUACCAUCAAGACAAAGUCUGGAGAUUAUUACUGUACGGUUGAAUUACAUGGUACUCAUUCUAGAGGCUCUUUAGUUGUGGACAGAAUAGGUGUGAUGGGUAAAAAGGAAAAUGUCAACAUUGUACUAGACAUAGACGCAGACAAAUAUGAACAAUUGUUGAAAAAUGCAUUGCAAAUAAAUACAUAA